GCGAAGACAGCGAAGUGACACACAGUGAGGACUUCCUUGGCCUUAGUCACAGCGAUAUCCUGGACCGCUACAGACAGCUUCGAUCCCGAGAAUUGAAGGAAGAGACCCAAGUCUUUAUCGUCACGUCCGACAACACUAGUUACAAGAUCGUGUUGGACGUCCAAGACUUCAUGAACGGGGAUCUGAAGGUGAAGGUGGCGGGCGAGACGGAGGUGGUGGUGGAGGGUCGUGUGGAGAGGAGAGAAGAAGGAAGCUCAUCCGUGUCCUCCUACUCCUUCCGACGCCGCUUCUCCUUGCCAGAGCAUAUUGACAUGACAGCCAUCACGUGCAUCAUGUCUUCAGAUGGCAUUCUUACAAUCAGCGCUUCAAAAAUGGCAGAAGAACCGGAGGAACACAAAGUGAUCAGGUCCGCUGAGGAAGUUCAAAAAUCCUCUCAAGUUCAACGCUCGGUAUACCCAGCUGAUGAAACCAUCUCCCUCCAUGAGGAAUGUGAAAAAGAAAGCAAAGCCACACAUGACUGCAUGGACUCGGUGGAAUCUGAGAAAGCCCGAGAAUUCCUUCUGUCAACUGAUUCUGCAGCAAGAUCGAGUCAUGACACUGAGUUUGUAGAAAGUGAAAAUCAAAGCAAAGAAACUAUUCGCAACGUAGAAUCUAUUGUACCUGCAGAAGUGAUGACUGAUUCUCCAACUUUUGUGUCUGAUGAAAUGCAGUCUUGCUCCGAGUUUGCAGAAAUUUCAGAGGCUUCCUUGUGUCGCCGAAGUUCGAUCGCCAUGACUGAAACGUCUGGCAAUUUGUCUGCCUCUCGUGACUUUGGAACUUCCUCCCAGGAUUCUCUUCUGUCUGCCAUUCCCGAAGAUGAAAACGAUUCCGAAACUGUGAAAGUUCUUCAUCUUGAAGACUCUCAACAGGCUGUUGAUAUUCUUGAUCUAAAAGACUCAGAAGAAACUGCUGAAAAUCUUGAGCUGAAAAACUCACAGGAAUCUGCUGCCAUUGUUGAAGUGAAAGGCUCAGAAGCUAUUGAAAUUCUUGAUCUUACAGACUCGCAGGAAGAUGUUGACAUUCUUGAAGUGAAAGGUUCAGCUCUUGAAAUUCCUGAUCUUCAAGAUUCCCAGGAAUAUGUUAAUAUUCUCGAUCAAAAAGAUUCAGAGGCAGCUGCUGAACUUUUGGAUCUGAAAGUCUCAGAAGAAGCUGUUGAAAUUCUUCAUCUUCAAAAUUCCCAGGAAUCUGUUGACAUUCUUGAUGGGAAAGACUCACAGGAAACUGUUGCUGAGGGUCAGAAUGAGUCAGAAGCUCAGAACUCAAAGUCUUCAACCAUUUUCGAUGUAACUGAGGAUGCCGCGUCUGUGCAAGAAAGGUCCAAAUCUAUGGAUGAGGAACUUGCACAAUUUUCUUGGCAAAAUAAGUAUGAGAACGAGUCAGCAGUUCAAGAGAACUUUAAUCACCAAACAAUCCCUGAGGAAACACUCGACAGCAAAAGGACUCAGUCGGCAGCCAUUGAGAGUUGCACAAAUUCCGUGCAGUUAUCCAGAGAUUGUACCCAAGAAAAGGAAGCCGUCGAUAGUGUCGGGCAGCUGAACCUAGAAGAAACGACUGAAACCAAAGAAUCCAACCCAAUAGAUACAAUUACUUCAUCCACGACAAUUGCAAAAGAGUCUGCAGCUGUCGAAUCCUUGAAAGGAACAAGAAGGAUUCACAUAGAUUCACCAGAAGAACUCUUGCUCAUCACCAAAAGAGGAAACUUCUUCCAAGACUCAUUCUUCCUCGACGCUCACCGAGACUUCAGUGCCGCUCUCAGGCAGGUGUUGGGCAGGUGCAAUCAAGACAACUUUGAGGACGACACUGACCUCCGCCACACCGAUAUCCUGGAACGCUACAGGCAGCUUCGGUCUCGCGAUCUGAGGGAAGAGAAUCAGGCCGCUAUCGUCACAUCAGACAAGUCUUGUAUGAAGAUAAUUAUGGACGUUCAUGAUUUCAUGAGUGGAGAUGUACAAGCGAAGGUCGUUGAUGAGAAGGAGUUGGUCAUCGAGGGACUUGUGGUGAAGAAGGAAGAAGGAACCUCAUCCGAAACCUCUUACUCCUUCAGACGCCGCUUCUCUCUUCCACAGUUUACUAAAAUCACUUCUGUCAUGUCUUUAGAUGGCAUCCUCACAGUCACUGUGAUGUUUAAGGAAGGAAAUGUCGAGGCAAAUACUGCUGAAAACUCCAUUAAAACUGAAGCAAAACGCAUCACAAAAGAAAUAUUCACUCGAAAUCACUUCACUUCCUGCUGAAAAACGUC